AGGAUGCAGACAAAAGGAGCUAAGAAGAGUGCGGAGAAAUUGUAGUGGUCCUCACUCCCUCAGUUCUCUUUUCUCCAUCUCACUCUCUUUCUCUAAUGUUGUAGUAUUGUACUAGUACUACUUUUUAAGCUUUGUCUCAGCAUGCCUUCAGUUCCAUUGAUUACUCUUCCCACACCCCAUAUCUUUCAAGUCUUUCGCAUCCUCCUCUUGUAGUCUUCUCACUCUAGUUUCUUGAAUUGAAUUAUAAGAAAGAAAGAGCCCUCCACAAGGUCGCUAUCAUCAUGGAGCCUCACAUGCACCACCUUAGGCAAUCAUCAUCAGCCGUGCAUUCCCCGUUUGCUCCAACCAAGAAAGUGACGGAAGAGGCAGAGACUGACACAGAGGAGGAGGAGGAGGAAGAGGAAGAGGUGGAGGAGGAGGAGGAGGAAGAAGAAGAUGGUAAUGGUGGUUUUGGAGCAGAAAUUGAGGUGGAGCCUGAGCUUAAGAAGAAAAGAAUGAAUUUUGAUGAGGGUCCAAGGAAGAGGGGUUCAAGAACUGCUGCUGAAGGUGCUGGUGGUGGUGGUGGAGCGGUGGCAGUGGCACCACCGCCGGGCUGCCGGGCGGAGAAUUGUAAGGCUGAUCUUACUGAUUCAAAGAGCUACCACAAGAGGCACAAGGUGUGUGAGUAUCAUGCUAAGGCUGAAGUUGUCGUGGUUGAAGGACUGAAGCAGAGGUUCUGUCAGCAGUGCAGCAGGAUAAACAAAUGCCAGUUGAUGGGCUUUUGGCUAUUUUCUGCCAGUUAUCUUCCUCUUGACAAUCUUUUGCUUUUGUUAUCGCGUAAGUUCUCAAAUUUGCAAGGUCCAAGACUUGGUUAUAUUGUCUAUCCAGAUUCCACGACCUCUCAGAAUUUGAUGAGGCAAAGAGAAGUUGUCGCCGACGCUUAGCAGGACACAAUGAGCGACGCCGCAAGCACUUUACUGAAUCUCGUGGAGAAGGAUCAGGACGACGAGGAUCGAAUCCGGGAGCCAAGAAAGAUCAAUGCAGGCAGGUUGAUGAAAGAGGAAGAACCCCAAUUGUUUUACCAGAGAACCACCAAAAACUCCACAUCCAUUAGGCAUUCAUUAGUUGCUUACUCUCUUCUGUCAUCCUAUGGAAUAUUUAUGCCAUUUAUGACAUAGCUUCGAGCCUAGUUAGUUUGCACAACUUUUGAUAACUUCUACUUGCAAUUGUUUCACUUUUCUCCUCCAUGCGGUCUGUAAUGGGCAGUAUUGUCCUAACUUUAGCAGUUAGUCCAGACUAUUUCAGUGUUGAAUCUACCUUCAACUCCCCUGUGAGGCGUAAAUUUUUGUUCUUCAUAAGGCUG